CUCGCAGUGAACAUGGCUGAGCACUUUAAAGAAGCAAGCAGAUGUCCCCUGUGCCCAGCCUAUAACGAGAACCCCAUGUACCUGAAAUGUGGAUACGUCUGCUGCCUCCAGUGCACCAACUCCCUGCAGAAGGAGCCCCAUGGCGAGGGCGUGCUGUGCCCCGCCUGCCCUGUGGCGUCUCAGAAGAGCGACAUCAGGCCCAAUCUCCAGCUGGGGAAGCUGGUCUCCAAGAUCAUGGAACUGGAGCCCCAGCUGAAAAAGAUUCUGAAGAUGGACCCAAAGAUGCUGAAGUUCCAAGUGGACAUGACCUUGGAUGUGGACACAGCCAGUAACCUCCUCAUCAUUUCUGCUGACCUCAGGACAGUCUGCUGUGGGCAUUUCAAGCACCAUCUGACAGAGCACGUGGAGAGGUUCGACUAUGCCUUGUGUGUCCUGGGCACCACUCGGUUCACCUCCAGCCGCCAUUACUGGGAGGUGGAUGUGGGAACAAGCCAAGAAUGGGAUCUGGGCAUUUGCAGAGAAUCUGCUCGUCGACAAGGAAAGAUUCAGCUGUCUACAGAAUGUGGAUUCUGGACAGUGGGUUUGAGAAAGGGGGGCUACUUCUUUGCCAGCAUCACACCUGCCUUAGAACUCUGCGUGGACCCCAACUUACGCCGAGUGGGCAUUUUCCUGGAUAUGGACAUGGGAAGCCUGUCCUUUUUUAACAUGAGUGAUGGAUCCCAUGUCUUCACAUUCACCAAGAUUUCUGCUGUGGAGACUCUGCGCCCAUUUUUUGCCCCUUCAAACCCAAGUAAUGGUGAUCAGGGUUCCCUGAGUAUCUGUCCUGUGAUGAAUUUUUAUUUCUUUAAGUUCAACUAA